AUGCCCCAAGAGAAGGCAAAAUGUCAAGAUACGAGUUCGAAAUUUCAAGGCCUAUCAUCUUUGACCAGAGAGCAACGAGAGGACCGUCUUCGGUGGCGUUGUGCAUUAAUGCUUGGCGAGGAUCCCGAUAAGUUUAUGAUGAUUAGAGAAAAAGGGGAAGACUCCAAGAAGUACAUAAAAAUGUCAAUCCGUGAAAUGUUAAUAAGUGAAGAAUUAUUGUAA